CAUCAACACUGCGGGCAGCACCCGGACAGCACAUAGCACAACUGAGAUACCGCUCGUGGUUUGGUACAAUAACAGAGGGGCAACAGGCCCAGCACUGCAAGAAAGAUGGUAUAAUGGGAUUUUUACUUUGGUUAUACUCACAGGGAAAAGCCGUCACCUUUCUCUACUGACCUUUCAUCUCAUUAAGCAACGUGAAAAACAGAGAAAAAUGUAUCUUCAUGCAAAAUGUACCUUCAUGCUCCUGCAUUAUGAAAUAAGUGACCUAAAAGGACCAAACUCAAGCAAAAAAACAGACUUUCAUAAAGACAACCAGAUGCUUCUAAUGUGACGAACACACUCCCACGAGUCCCAGGCUGGAACAUUUCACCAUGACAUUCUCACAAUGCUGAGGAAUCCAGCAGGAACAAGAACGUCAGUGGCAGCGCACAUAUGGGGAAGCUUGUCUCACCAGCAAGAAAACCGAAUUAAAGGCACCGACAGCAUUGCAGAGCUGAACCCACACUGACUGCUUUUUCAUUAACUAUUUUGUGCUUGUUUAUCGGAAACAUUCACACUCUGAUUAUAGAAUUUUUCUUCUCCAGAAGAGAGCAGACAAUGACUGUGUAAUGACUGGGCGUUACUUAGCGUUCCCCUGGGGAGCCUGGGAUGAGAUCUGAGCAAGCAAACAGAAUGAGACUCCCUAUGGAGCGCCCAUGCGAACCGCCCGGGAGCUGCGCUGCUGCCUGCGGGCAUCGCUUCAUCCCGCACCACCCUUCCCAUCAGUGUGCAUCUCCUACCGCGGUCCAGCAUGAGGGUGAGCCUGAGUGUCUUGUCGCUGCUUGUGGCUCUGGUGGGAGCCUCCAGCUUCGUUUUCCUCGUGGUGGCCAUCGCGACGGACUUCUGGUACAUCAUCGAUGCCUCCCGCCUGGAGACGGCCGCCAAUGGCACUGCCGCGCUCAGCUCGCACUCGGGGCUCUGGCGGACCUGCCGGCUUAGGAGCAAGUGCUACCCUUUGAUCAACCCCUUCUGGCAUGAGAACUCAAACAUCACCGACUCACACCGACAGCUCUUAUACAUGCAUGGGACAUUUGUCAUCCUGAUGCCUCUCAGCCUGAUACUGAUGAUUUUUGGAGCUAUGACUGGAUUUAUCAGUAUUCUUGCCAGGGCAUAUCUACUGCUUCUAAUGACGGGUCUGCUUUUCCUUUUUGGAGCUCUGGUUACGCUUACCGGGAUUGGUGUCUACAUUGCAUAUUCAGCUGCUGCCUUUGAAGAAGCUGUCUGCCUCCUGAGGAGUAAGGAUGUCCUGGUAGAAAUUGACAUCAGGUUUGGCUGGUCUCUGGCACUGGUCUGGAUCUCUUUUGUCGCAGAAGUGAUCACUGGGGCUGUGUUUCUCCUGGCAGCAAGAGUUGUUGGCCUGAAACGGCAGCGUGAACAGGAGUUAUGAACAGCAGGUAUCAUUGCAACAACAGAAAACUCUGAAGCGUGGAUUCCUUGGUCAGUCUGGUCACUAGGGGGAAUAAAAGUGGCAAGACUGAUUGACUAACUUCCAGCUGCCAUAAACUCUUCUCAGUAUUGUCUACAAAAUACAAAGAUUCUGAUAAAUCAGCUACACAUUACUAGUAUGAUCAAUAAGGAAAUCUUUAUGACUUUAGAAGUACACCUGCUGCACUAUCAAUGUUUCUGAAACAAUUCCAGCUGGCAGCUCAUGCAGCAUCAACACACAUUAUUUAGAAAGACAAUUUUUUUUUGCUUUCUCUUCUUUCUGCUAUCCCUAAACACAAUGUAGGACAGCCUGCAUGGUCCACUUUGCUCUUGGUUUCCCUUUAGACUCCUGAUAUGUAUGCUAGGAUUCCAGUCGCAUUGGCAGCCUCUACCACACAUUAUAUGCGAUGCUUACAUACCUGAAGCCAGGUACCAAGUGUGGGUGCUACAUGUACACAAUUAACACUGCAGAUUUAAUGUGGUUUUGUAGUUCAGAGUAAAAUCAAAUGUAAAAGUCCACAAUAAGAACUUCAGAGUAUUUGGAGAAAUUCAGUACUCAUCUCCAGUGUUAGGGCAUGGUGAGGACAUCCAAUCUGUGUACACCUUCCACACAGAAUCUUCCUUCUCCCUAGUGUCUCCCUGAGGUGGCUAGUCCCUCUCUUCUACUAUCAUAGUGAGUUCUUCGUGACAACACACAAAAAGGUGACAGCUUGAGGAACUGGAAAACCCCAGAAGCCUAUUUUAUGCCAGCUCUGUGUGUUGACAAAUGAAAAACACAGCUUCAUGUUAUCUAUUCAAAAAUCAUUACUUUUAAGCUGAAAACAAAGAAAUUCAUCAUUUCCUAAAACUGAGCUUUGGUGCUGUGAAAGAGAAUAAUAAUAAAAAAUAAAAAAAUGAAGGCCUAGAAACUGUGAAUGACUUCAUCAUACCAGUUAUCCUCCAGACAGCAGUGACUACAGCUGUGAAGCUCUUAAGGGCAGUGUCAUGGCAGCAGGAGAAAGCUACAGCUGCUUCUCUGAAUGUUUUAACAAAAGACCGCAGCCAGCCCACAUCUAUCUGAUGCUCAGGCUACUCAGUCAAAGCUGACUAAACCAGCUCUCUAAGAAGACUAAGGGAAAAUCCUUUAAAGUAAAAAUUCCACAUGCUUAAGUGAGUUCUGUAAAAUGUAAUACUUCAAUGUUUUGGUGCUGGUGAAGUUACUUAAGGUAAUAUGACUCAUAUAAUGUAAGUUAGACGUUACUGUAAGUUGUAAUAGUAACCUAUCAUCCGAGAUCUUAGUGAAUGUUUUUAAAGAUGUGUUGCAGUGCUUUUGAACUGUGUAAGACUAAAUAAAAUGACAUCUUUGAUCCGGGAAAUAUUUGAAAAAGACACAGAAGAAUUAAGAAAUAAUUUUUAAUUCCUGUGGAUCUAUUUGAUAGUUUACAAGAUGUUUUUGAUGUAACUGUGUCGCAUGUCAUAGAUUUAUAAGAUACUUAUGGAGCUACAAUAUACAGUUCAACCUAAUUAGAAAGCCAGUGAACCCAUUAUUGAAUUAAAGCAAUUCUCAUUUCCAUGGCUUUCCUAAAUUCCUCAUUCUGACUUCCUGCAAUAUCUGGCACAAUGGCAAUAAAGAGUAUUUUCUGCUCCUGAA